AUGCACUCAGAACAAAUAUUGAAGCAAUAUUUAAAUGAGUUAAAAAUUCAACCUUCAGAUUCUCUAAAUAUUGAUUAAGAGAAAUCCUUUAAGAAGUAGGCAGGACAAUCUGAAUUAAUUUUGAUAUCAAGAAAUAUUGGAAAAAUUAAUAAGCGAAAUACAGAAUAAUAAAGAACUAUUGUGGUUACAAGUGAAAAUUUAUAUAAUAUUGAUAAAAAAUCAAUUAAACGGAAGAUAUAAAUUCAAAAGAUUUUUGGGGUUACUGUCUCCAGGUCAAGUUUUGAAUUUAUUUUGCAUGUGCCCUAAGAAACUGAUUAUCGCUAUAAAUCGCAGGAGAAUAGAGAUAUCAUUUUAUUUUACUUAUCCAUAUCACUAAAGUUAAACAAUAAGGAUGGUUUGAAACUGUAUUUGGUUGAUUAGGAGGAUCUCUAAUAAUUUUGUUUGCAUUAAAAAACUACUGACCUUUAAAAAUAAGUUGCAUUGCAUCCUAAAACCAAAUUAUUAUUUCUAUACCCUCAUGAUUUCCAAUUGCAAUAUAUUAACAUGUUAAAUCAGCCUACAAAAAGUUUGAAUCCCAAUCACAAAAUUACAGUACUCUUUAUAAAUGAUAAAAUGAAAUUUAGGGUUAAAUUAGAAGAUUUUCAAAAAAAUACAAUCAUCAGCUCUGGCUCAUUAAACAAAAUCUUUUUAUUGACUCAAAAAAAUGAUCGUCAAAAAGUUCUGGUUUUGAAAACAAUUCGAUCUUGCGAUAUUGAUGUCGAUUUAAUGGAAUUCUUUCUUAAAAAUUAUGAAGUUGAACCCUUCGUCGAAUAACUAGAAUUAUGCAUAAGACAAACCGACUUAAUUCACUUUUUUUUUAAGUUUGUGAAAGGAGGAGAUCUCUUUGCACAUCUAUAAAAUAUUGGUUCUUUUACAGAGAUUUAAACAAAAUAUAUGAUUGCUUAAGUUGGCAUGGCAUUAUAGAGUGUGCACGAAAAAGGUAUCACUUAUGGAGAUAUAAAACCUGAAAAUAUACUGAUCGAUGAAUAAGGAUACAUAUACUUAACAGAUUUUGGUUAUGGUAAAUUGAGAGUCUAUUAAGAAUGUAAAAAAUAGUAAAACAUUAAUUUUUCUGUUGAAUAUGCAUCUCCAGAAUAUUUGAGAUUCGGAGACCUAACCAGAAUGUCAGAUUGGUAUAGUAUGGGAAUAUUGCUUUAUGAAUUGCUCAUCGGGAUAUCUCCAUUUUACAACGCAAACCAAGAUGUUGCAAUUAAAUUGAUUUGCUAAGGAGAAUUACAUUUUCCAAAAGGAAUCCUCAUAUCUAAUGAAUGCAAAGAUCUCAUUUCAAGAUUACUCUAGUAAGAUUCUUCUUAAAGAAUUGGCUUCUCGAAUGACUUCAAAGAAAUUUAAGCGCAUCCAUGGUUUUAAGAGAUAGAGUGGGCUGAAUUAAAGUUAAAAAAAAAAGAGUUGCCUUACAUUCCAAGUAUGAUUGAAGGGACUCUAAUACAGGAAUAAUACAUAAGGAUGGAAUAUUUGAGUGAUGAUGAAAAAGGUUGGUACUGA